AAAGGUUUUAUUCUGGGCUGUUAUAAAUACAUUAAGAAGCCCACUUGUGACUUCCUUUCCUUUCCUUCCUAGAUGCUGAUCAUUGGUGGCGGGGUGGCUGGCUUGGCUGCAGCUGGAGCAGCAAAAUCGAUGGGAGCCAUUGUUAGAGGAUUCGACACCCGCCCUCCAGCUUUGGAGCAGUUCAAAUCCCUCGGCGCGGAACCUUUAGAAAUCAACGUUGCAGAAACGGGAGAAGGUGUUGGAGGUUACGCGAAGGAAAUGUCGAAGGAGUUCAUAGAGGCAGAAAUGGCCCUCUUUGCUAAACAGUGCAAAGAGGUGGACAUUGUUAUUAGCACAGCUCUUAUUCCAGGGAAAAAAGCUCCAAUCUUGAUCACCAAGCCAAUGGUGGAAUCCAUGAGAGAUGGUUCCGUAAUAGUAGAUCUUGCCGCAGAGGCUGGCGGCAAUGUGGAGACCAUCCACCCUGGAGAACUUCAUAUACAUAAGGGCGUGGUGCACAUUGGUUAUACAGACUUGCCAAGCCGAAUGGCUACCCAGGCCAGUAGCCUUUACUCAAACAACAUCUUGAAGUUAUUAAAAGCUAUUUCCCCCAGCAAGGAAUACUUUUACUUUGAGCCAAAAGAUGAUUUUGAUUAUGGGACGAUUGAUCAUGUCAUAAGAGGGACUAUGGUCAUGAAGGAAGGAAGAACGAUCUUUCCAGCACCUUUACCUAAAACUUUACCACCUGCUGCCCCAGUUAAGCAGAAGUCUGUUCAAGAACUAGAAGCAGAAAAACAAGCAGCCCUUUCACCCUUUAGAAAAACAAUGACCUCAGCUGGAGUAUAUACAACAGGUCUGACAUCAGUUUUAGGGCUGGGCCUCAUCUCCCCGAAUUCUGCCUUUACCCAAAUGGUGACAACUUUUGGUCUCGCUGGAAUUGUGGGCUACCACACCGUUUGGGGUGUUACACCUGCUCUUCAUUCACCUCUGAUGUCAGUGACCAAUGCAAUUUCUGGACUCACUGCUGUGGGCGGCUUGGUGUUGAUGGGAGGAUCUUACUUGCCUUCCAGUAUGCCUCAGACAUUAGCUUUACUGGCUGCCUUUGUUUCCUCAGUCAAUAUUGCAGGUGGCUUUCUAAUUACCCAGAGGAUGCUGGAUAUGUUUAAGCGUCCAACAGAUCCACCUGAAUACAACUACCUCUAUCUUCUCCCCGGAACGGUCUUUGUUGGUGGAUAUGGUGCAUCUCUUCUUGGUGGAUACAGUAUUGAGCAGAUGAUAUACUUGGGCUCUGGCCUUUGCUGUGUGGGUGCACUCGCCGGCUUAUCUAGUCAGAGCACUUCACGACUUGGCAACGCCCUUGGGAUGAUUGGUGUUGCUGCUGGCAUUGCAGCUACUUUGGGCAGUUUGAAACCUUCCCCCGAAGUAUUGGCCCAGAUGUCCACAGCCAUGGCCUUGGGCGGCACCAUGGGUCUCACAAUUGCAAAACGGAUCGAGAUCUCCGAUCUCCCACAACUGGUUGCUGCUUUUCACAGCCUGGUUGGUUUGGCAGCCGUUUUGACCUGCGUUGCUGAGUACAUGAUUGAAUAUCCACACCUUGAUUUACAUCCAUCUGCCAGUGUUCUCAAAACCGUGGCCUACUUGGGCACUUACAUUGGAGGUGUAACGUUCAGUGGCUCUUUGGUAGCCUAUGGAAAACUGCAAGGUCUGUUGAACUCUGCUCCUCUUCUCCUGCCUGGCCGUCAUUAUUUGAAUGCUGGACUGAUGGCAGCUUCAGUAGGAGGCAUGAUUUAUUUUAUGUUAGAUUCCAGCUAUACAGGAGGCAUGGCCUGCCUUCUUGGAGUUUCUGGACUCUCCUCAAUAAUGGAUGAUUGGCCAAGAGUCCCACACUUGCCAGAUGUGAAUCCUUAUCCCUUGGUUUCCCGGAUAAAAAAUGACUAUCCUGUGGAUACUGUUGCCCAGUAUCUUUAUGAUAAUGCUCCGAUGCCGUAUGAAAUUAUUUCCAGGUUGGAAAAAAGAAUAGAUGAGUGCAAACUACAAGUCCAGGAGCAUGCUAAACAGAUAUUUACAUUGAAAUCAGAGAAAUCAGAAAUAGAUGAGCAGCCAGGACAAGCUGAUGUAACAUCAUCUCCUGAAUCCCAGGAUGCUUCAAAGAAGAAAAUAAAAAUCGAAAUGAAGGGUACCAAUACUCAGGUUUUGAAGCAGCUGUUUUUUUCUGAAGCAUCUCUUGCGAUUUUGCAGGAUUCUUUCUGGUGGUGGUUUCUUCAUAAGUACCAGCCUGAUCAAGAGGAACAGGACCACUUUUUUGACAGGAUAGCCGAUAGCUACGUGAUGCUUCUCUGGAGCAUCCCAAGUUACAUUAAAGAUGCUUUUCUUCAGAUGUAUCCUGACUGCUUGUCCCAGGCCAUUUACAUUACUUUCUGUGAAGCUUUUCCUCAGGCUUGCCAUCGUUUCAAUGAUCAGUUUAAAGAAGAAUUGAUGGAUUUAAUUUUCCUGUGGAUCAGAGCUUUACUAGCUCCACCGAACUUCAGGGUGUUGUCCGGGGUCCUGAGCCCCAGCAUUGACCUGAGUCCAGGCAACACAAAGACUCAGGGAAGAUGA